CAGAGCCUGGCACCCCUUCCUCCUCCUCCUCCUCCUCCUCCUCCAGCAAGGAGAGAUUACCAGCCUGGGUUUUCUUUUCGCUUUGAACGCCAGGCAAGGAAACCUCUCUUGUGUCGUCCUUUCUCUCUCCUCCUCCUCCAGCCGUGAGCAUCUCUCCGGCUGCAGAAGAAGCGAAAGGAGGCCUCGGGUGGGCUGGGAACCCCCUCACGGCCUCCCCCUUCAACCCCACACGCUCAUGCAAAGCAAGGGGGAGAAAGGUGGCAGUGAGAAGGGGAAGGCAGCCCCCACCCACCCCUCGCGAAGGACGCCCGGGGAAUAAAACCUGCCCACCGUUUCCAAGGACAGAGGCGGCUUCUCUGCGCUGGCUGGGGAGGGAGGCGAGGCUCCCUUUCGCCUUUCCCUCUUCCGAGAGUCUUUGGCCAUCCCGGCGAGGAAGAGCCGGCCGGAGCCCUGGUGGGAGACAUAAAUGAGGAACCGCCGCCAUGUUGACCGCCAUCGCCGAGGGCUUCCUCUGCUGCCUGCUGGGCAAGACGCCCAACGCAGUGGGCCCCCUGGAGAGCGUCGAAUCCAGCGACGGCUUUAGCUUCGUGGAGGUGAAGCCCGGGCGGGUCCUGCGGGUCAAGCACAUGGCCCCCGCCCGCCCGCCUGCCCCGGCGGAGGAGGAGCCCCGGAAGGCCGCCGGGGCCAUCCGCUGCAAGCGCCGGAUCACCGUCUACCGCAACGGCCAGAUCGUUGAAGAGCCCCCCGGCCCCGUGGAGGCGGAGGUGGCAGAGGCCCGGCCACCACCCUCAGGCCACCCUCCGGCCCCCGGGGGGCGACGCCGCAAGCGCCGCCCGAAGAAGCAGGUGGAGAUCGACUGCGCCAAGGAGAUCACCAGCUGCAAGGGGAGCCACAGGGAUGUGGUCCUCUUCUUCCUCCAUGGGGUCGGAGGGUCCCUGGACAUCUGGAAGGAGCAGCUGGACUUCUUCGCCAAGCUGGGCUACGAGGUGGUGGCCCCGGACCUGGCCGGCCACGGGGCCAGCUCGGCUCCCCAGAUCGCAGCCGCCUACACCUUCUACGCCCUGGCUGAGGACAUGCGGGCCAUCUUCAAGCGCUACGCCAAGAAGCGCAACAUCCUGGUCGGACACUCGUACGGGGUCUCCUUCUGCACUUUCCUGGCUCACGAGUAUCCGGAUCUCGUCCACAAGGUCAUCAUGAUCAAUGGGGGAGGCCCGACGGCCCUGGAGCCCAGCCUGUGCUCCAUCUUCAACAUGCCCACCUGCGUCCUGCGAUGCCUCUCGCCCUGCCUGGCCUGGAGCUUCCUGAAGGCCGGCUUCGCCCGGCAAGGCGCCAAGGAGAAGCAGCUGCUGAAGGAGGGAAAUGCGUUCAAUGUCUCGUCCUUCGUCCUGAGAGCCAUGAUGGGGGGCCAGUACUGGCCCGAAGGGGACGAGGUCUACCAUGCUGAGCUGACGGUGCCCGUGCUACUGGUGCACGGGAUGCAUGACAAAUUCGUCCCUGUGGAGGAGGACCAGCGGAUGGCGGAGAUCCUGCUGAUCGCGUUCCUGAAGGUGAUUGACGAAGGCAGCCACAUGGUGAUGCUGGAGUGUCCGGAGACGGUGAACACACUCCUCCACGAGUUCCUGCUCUGGGAGCCUGAAGCCAACCUGGCCGGGGAGGUGCCCGAAGCGGAGAAGAAAUAAAGCAAGAAAGCCCCGAACGAGCAAGUGAAUGAACGAGAGGCCUGCUUGCAUCGCGGCUUGCGCAGGAGGCCGGAUGGCCGGGUUUGGUGCCUGUGGCCGAUGGCAGAGGGCCUGCCCGCCUGGGGCAGGAGCCCACUUUGCUUGGAGGAGGGGGGGAGAAGGCUCCAUUUCUCUCCAGAUGGAAGCAGGAGGAUGAGCAGGUCUGGCAGAUGGCCAUCCUGGGAGAGGAACCAAGCAAAUGCUCAGACCCAAUGAGAGGAGGAGGAGGAGGAAGAAGGAAGAGCAGCCCCCCCUCCCAAGGAUGAAUUUUCCGCUGGCGCAUCCUCCUUCAUUUCUCACUUCUGGCCUCUGGCAGGCCGCCCAGAGAUGCGUGAAGCCUGGCCUUUGGCUCGGCCCCUCCUUAUAGGACUUGUGGCCAUUUAUGGAACAGCCAUGGCAGGGUUUCAGACGUACCUGUUCCUUGAAGGGGGUGAGGCAGUGGCCUCAUCUCUGUUUGGAGGGGGUGUCCCCAAGCCAGCCUCGGGCAUUGCUUGGAUGUAAUUUCAAACUGACCCACCAAGCGGGCGCGGGAGGGUGGAGGGGAAGCCCCGGGGAAAGCGCUGGAGGGCCUGUUCCUCAAAAACGCAGGUCACCUCCUUCAAGGACACAGGGAGCCACUCUCCGGAGGGGUCCGGCUGGGAAGGAGGCUGAUGGAUGGAGACGACACCUCAGAGACCACGGACGACCAAACUCGGGGGCCAGAAACCCGUCAGGUUGAAUCCACCCCUCCGGUGCGGAACCCACUCUGCUGCUGUUCGGGGUGCCCCCCCGUCUCGAGACCACUGGGUUUUCUGACCCCAGGGCUCCCUGCCAGGUUGGCGAACAGAGGGGUGAGGGUUUCCUCUGGCAGGAUCCGCUCCUUCGUCUCCUCCACAGAUAUUCUGCUCCCAGAAUGACUUCUCAGAAGUAAUACAUUCCCCAAAUCUAUCUUUCCUUCUUCCUUCCUUCCUUUCUUUCCAUCAUCAGCUCCUUCUUUUUUCCCUUCCUUCUAU